CAAUGGGUGGGCGGCACCGGGCCCGGUCCGGGCCGGUCCAGUCCAGCUUGAAGCCCACUGGUAACAUUAAUUUCCAUUAUGUCUAAAAAAAAGAAUAGAAAAAGAAGAAACGGAAACGAGGUGCAGGGAGACAGCUAGUGUGAACGAGGCAGGGCCCCCGCUCCGAGACCGAGCAGUGUGAAUGGGGCAGGGGGCCUCGAUGGGCAGAGAGGCAGGCAGCGGCGAGAAGCAAGAAGAAAAGCGAGGCCAGCAAGCAAAUCGAGGCAAGAAAGCGGGGGAAGGGCAGAGCCUGCGUCCAGCAGCCCCACGCCGCCGUCGCGCCGCGCCGCGGGUCACCGCCUGUCGUUAGGGAUUGCUGCCGUCGGGCGCGUCGCGCCUCGGAGGCGGCGGCGGCGGAAUGAUGGAGGCCGGCGGAGGGGGAGCGGGAGGGAGGGAUGAGAGAGUGCCGCCGUGGGGCGCGCAGGAGACGCGGGAGCUCAUCGUGGCGCGCGGGGAGGUGGAGCGGGAGGCCAACGCCGCGCGCCGCAGCGCCAAGUCGAUGUGGGAGGCCGUCGCCGCGCGUCUCAGGGAGCGCGGGUACCGACGCACCGCCGACCAGUGCAAGUGCAAGUGGAAGAACCUCGUAAACCGCUACAAGGGGAAAGAAACUUCUGAUCCAGAAAAUGGCAGACAGUGUCCCUUCUUCCCGGAGCUGCACGCGGUCUUCACAGAACGUGCUAGAAAUAUGCAGCGCCAACUCCUUGAGUCUGAACCUGGAGCUUCUGUUAAAAGGAAACUGAAGCGACCUAGUGGUGACCGGUCAUCUGGGGAGUCUGACGGUGAGGAUGGUGGUGUAGAAAGCCAAGAUGAGGAACCGAUGCACAGCAGAAAGAGGAAAGCUGAUGACAAGAAGCAGCAAUCCCAAAGAAUGCCAGAGAAGUCAAGAACAGGCGUUUCAAGCAUCCAUGAACUGCUGCAGGAUUUCCUGGCACAGCAGCAGCGUAUUGACAUCCAAUGGCAGGAGACAGUGGAAAGGCGUGCCCAGGAGCGGAUUGUUUUUGAACAAGAAUGGAGGCAGACGAUGCAGAACCUGGAGCAGGAAAGGUUGAUGCUGGAACACUCGUGGAUGCAACGUGAGGAACAAAGAAGGAUGAGAGAAGAAGCACGAGCUGAGAAAAGGGACGCUCUCCUGACCAGGCUCCAGGCCGACGCGCCCGGCCGCGCCGGCUUGGAGUGUGCGAACGCCGCGGCGGCGCUGGUGCUCCAGCUGGCCGUGUGCUCGCUCCUGUUUCUCUUCCCUUCUCGCGCCCGAGCUCUCGCGCUCCCGCCCCCUGCCGGCGCCGCCGCGGCCAUUGAGGCAGCGCAGGAGGAGGAGGACCAGGAGUGGGAGGCUGCGCUGCAGAAGUGGAAGACCAAGACGUACGCGCUCUCGGUGCCCCUCAGGAUCGUCGCGCUCCGCGGCUCCUUCCCUCCCUUGUGGAUUAAGGAUUUCGUUGAAUCUCAGGGGAAGAGGCUCAAAUUCAGCCCCGAGCUCCGUGCUAAUUUUGAUGGGAUCUUCUCUGAUAUGUCCCAGUGUAUGGACAAGGGUCAGAUUCAGCCAAAGUCCGCAAUGGCAGCUGAUAUUGUGUCAAUCGGGGACUCUUGGCUCGGCUAUGUCAUACGUAAGGGAUUGUUAGAACCUGUUAAGAACGCUGAAGAGCAGGAUUGGUUUCAUAGCCUGAGUGAUAGAUGGAAGGUUCAUUUGUGCAGGAACCAGAAUGGAGAGGCAGAUCCUAAUGGCUCAGUAUGGGGAGUUCCAUACAGAUGGGGUACCAUGGUCAUCGCGUACAAGAAAAACAAGUUCAAAAGGCAUAAUUUGAAACCAAUACAGGAUUGGGAGGAUUUGUGGAGGCCUGAACUUGCCGGGAAGAUUUCAAUGGUUGAUUCUCCGAGAGAGGUUAUUGGUGCAGUUCUGAAGCAUCUGGGGUCAUCAUAUAACACAGUUGACAUGGAAACAGAUGUCAGUGGUGGUAGAGAAGCAGUCUUGGAAAGCUUUACACAACUACAAAAGCAGGUCCAACUAUUUGACAGCAUGAACUAUCUGAAGUCAUUUAGUGUUGGAGAUGUAUGGGUUGCAGUGGGCUGGAGCAGUGAUGUGGUUCCUGCUGCAAAGCGAAUGUCUAAUGUUGCGGUGGUUGUUCCCAAGUCAGGCAGCAGCCUAUGGGCUGAUCUAUGGGUGAUACCAUGUGCAACAAGAUUUCAGACCGACCAAAUCGGCGGCAGAACCAGAGGCCCAUCCCCACUCAUCCACCAAUGGUUCGACUUCUGCCUACAAAGCGCUAGGAGCCUACCCUUCCGGCGAGAUGUCAUCCCAGGAGCGUCACCACUGCACCUGGAGAACCCUGUGCCGGAGGUCCCUCAAGAUAAGAACAAGAGGAAGCCAAAGCUGGACACGAACCUCGUCAGGGGAGUGCCUCCGCCUGAGAUCCUCGAGAAAUGCGAGUUCUUGGAACCCCUGUCCGGCAAGGCGCUGGAGGAUUACCAGUGGCUGGUGUCGAGGAUGCAGAGACCACGGCCUGGUCUGUUCGGGACUGUGUUGCAAAAGAUAUCAAGUGUAUUGGACCUGAAAUCAAGAUUUUAGAGCGCGUGUACUGAACUUGGCCAAGUUGUUUUUUCCCCUGUUGUAGCGUUUGUCGUUGUCAAAUUUUGUGUUGGGUCAUUGACGCUGAGCAGUCGUCUGAGAGGCGGGCGUUAUAGCUCUUAUAUCGAGAUUGUGCCGAACAAACUGAUGCCGAGCCAGGAACGGCAGGCUGAAGGGCGCCUUAUGCCCUGCUUCUGAUCAGAAACGUUCAGUGCUUCAGAUA